AUGUCACGUCCAACCUCAUCAUCGACGCCUUCUCGGCCAACUCACAUAGCCAUGCCUACAUCCAACUAUAACUUUACUCCUAGCGGUACACCACUGGCUACACCUCCCAUCGGAUCUAAUAUGGGAGCAUCUCCCGCAUCUCCAAGACAUUCUUUCUUAGGCUUCAUAAGAACAAGAGGAAGAGCAAAUACAUUGAAUAGUAGUCAAAACCAAAACCAAAAUCAGAAUCAGAAUCAAAACCCCGCUUCACCAAGUCAACCUGCUACAGCUCCAAUCAGUAGAGAUGAUUCUUCAAGAGAACAUUCAACUGGUCCAACAAACAGAGAGUCAACCAGUAACAACGGGAAUAAUGUUACUAGAAGUAUAAGCACACCAUUGAGUGCAGGUGGAUUGAGGAUUACAACCAAUCCUAGUACUGGGAACGGUAAUACUGAUUUGCCUUCGACUGCUUCUACACAAGCGCAACAAACGGCAACAGCGGAUGCAUCGAUGUCGAAUGCACAAUCCAAGACAUAUCGGAUUCGACUUGUACCACAUCUUGAGUCAACUCGAUCAUUAACUUUCGAUCCUGUCACUAGAGAAUUACUUCCCAUCGUAGUUGCUGCUGGUGUAAUACCAUCUAUCGCCGCACAAUCAGUCUCAACAGUAGGACCAACAGUCAAUGGUAGACCUCCAGCUCUUUUACUCAAAGUAGGAAGGUUCACGGAUAAAUCAAAUCCUCCAUUACCCGUUCCUGGCGAGUCAACCAAUAAUGCAGGUGGAAGUGCGACAGUGGGACCCAAUGGCAGAUCAGCAGGUACAGCAGCUGCAAAUGUGACUACCUCCGGUGGAGGAGGUGAUUUGACUUCCGGUAAAGUAGCUUUCAAAAGCAAAGUGGUCAGUAGGAGUCAUGCGGAAAUCUGGUGUGAACCUGGAGGCAAGUUCUUCAUCAGAGAUACAUCGUCUUCGUCGGGAACAUUCCUCAAUCACAUCAGAUUAUCAAGCCCUAACACUGAUUCAAGACCGACAAUGGUCAAUGAUGGAGAUAUAUUGCAACUGGGUGUAGAUUACCAAGGUGGGCACGAAGAGAUGUUUAGAAGCGUUAAGAUUAGAGUUGAGAUUGGUAGAGAAUGGCAAAGAGAACGCAACGAGUUCAAUACAAACGCACUCAACCAGCUUAGAGCGUUUGGCGAUACAGGUGCAACCAAAUCAAAGGCAGAAGGUUUGACUCCAUCGAAAAAAGCCAAGGCGAGCGUUACAGAUUGCUGUAUCUGUCUGUUCAGUGUGACUGUUUGUCAAUCGCUAUUCAUCGCACCAUGCUCACAUGUCUUUCACUACAAAUGUAUCCGACCUUUGUUAGUCCAACAUCAUCCAGGAUUCUCGUGCCCUCUUUGUCGAACAUUUGCUAACUUGGAAGAGGAUGUUGAGACUGAAGAUGCAUGGGAGAUAGCGUCUCGUCGAGCAUCAAUCAUCUCACGCAAACCUUCCAACCACUCUAUACGAUUGACAGCCUCUCAGACCGAGGCAGGCGCACCGUCCACAAUUUCUGCUGGCCAGCCAUCUACAAACAUUGGAUUAGGAGGAGCCGAUUCAGCCAGUAUAGUCGAUCUCCUAAGCUCAUCUGCUUCUGCCGGAGCAUCUACAGAGGAAGCAGGAGAAGGAGGUAUGAUUGGUUCUAGUGCAUUAGCAAGACAAACUACGGCAGUAGGACAAGAACCAUCAUCAGGUGACGUAGAAAUGGAACUACCAGAGCUCGUUCAAGAAGAACCCGAACCGCCUUCCCCUUCUUCGCCUUUCGUCCAUUCUGGAAGACCAGGUAGUAUACCUUUGCCAAUAGGCAAUUUACAACUGAACGAAGCUCAACCUCAAGAGAAUACGUCGAAUUCAGGCGGUUUCAAUGAUGCGCAAACUCCAAUGAACGAACAUUUCUUGAGUACUUUAGCUUUCAGUGGCGGUAUCGAUCAAAGGUUGGAAUUAGCUGCAGAGAUUGGAAUUUCAAGUAACACCCCUACAUCCACGAAUGGCAAUGGAAAUGGAAACGGAGCAGAAAGUCGAGAUCAUUCCAUCUCAAGUGGCAAUAGAAGUAGGAAUAGUGAAGAAACUCGACCGGGUGAUUCAAUGUAUUCGUAG